AUGUUUUAUUAUAGCGAUGAUAUUACGAUUGAUAAAGGCUUAAAUCGAAAGAUUUAUCGAUCACGUAUUGAUCCUAAUUCAAUUGAAUAUAAAAAAUUUUGUGAUGAAAUUGAAUCAAUAUUUACAACAGAUUCUUUGGAAAAAAAUCCACUUGUUGAUUCUGAACAAUAUAUAGCAAUUAAAGAUGCAACAAAUAUUCAUUUAGAUCCAGAUAAAGAAGAUCGAGUAGCAAAUCUUAUGGAUAAAAUGGCAAAACGCGUUCAUUCACGACGUAUACAAUUAUUUCCAUUAUUUGAAGAUUUUGAUCGUGUUCGUAAUGGUCAUGUUACACAAAAUCAAUUUUUACGUGUAUUAAAUGAUCUUGGUUUAUUAACAUUAUUAAAUGGUUUUGAAAAAGAUAAUUUAUUAGAAAAAUUUCGUGUUAAAAUUGGUGGACGUGAUGAUAUUGAUUAUAUUACUUUUUGUCAUGAACUCAAUGGUUUAGCUGGUUUUGAAGCUGGAAUACCAUAA